AUGGUGGACCAUUCUCCUGAGCAACGCGGCAAGCAAUACCACCGCAGAAGAAGAACGCUGGGCUGGCUACAUGGCCAUCAUGUUCAAGGCUUUGCCGUUUACCGGCUACUGGCCGUGGUCUCUUCUGGCCUAUGCCUAGCGCAGGCCUUUGCUGCAUCUUCUCUUCGGAGUAGAUCUGUGGCGGUGUCGCGACGAGCUGAGCCAGACAAAGUCGAGGUGAUCCAAAACGCUGCGUCAUUCUCGUUUCCUGAAGGAGCAGCCUUUGCCUCAAGCUACCUCGCGCCGAAGGGCGAUUCUGGACUUGCUGCGGUUCUGGCGACAACCGACCAGAUCGGUCUGGUACUUCUGUUCGCUGGCGUGGUGAUCUCCUUGGGUGUGUACAUCCGGCUGAACAUCUGGGGCGAGAUUGAGAUGACCUAUUCGAAAGCUUUGAUGGACAAUGCCAUGAAGAUCCCGAACAAGAUGAUCGACGACGCCCCAGGCCUCGCUGAGAAGAUAUUCGCCUUCAUUGUCGGCUUCAUUAUGGCGAUUACUCUAGGAGUUUUGUCCUUCACCAUUGGCGUCAUCAUAGAUGUGGUGGUCGGUCUUCUACCCACACUGGCCGUCCUGGUGCCUUUGGGCCUUGCCUUGGGGAACUACGCCCUGA